GCAUAAUUUAAUCAGAGGAAGAUGGAAGACCCCGAGACAAAUGGAUCUAAUGAAGAGCCAGAGCAAGUACAAUUCCUGUACAAGGCAAUGUACCAAAGAGACCCACAAAAGAGAAGAGUCAAACCAGUUGAUCAUCAUCUCUUGCAGUUAGACUUUGGUCUGAGUGACAGUGACAGUGAUAGUGACUUUGAAGUGAAAGGAGAUCAUGAAAGUGAUUCUGGAGGAUCUCAUGGGGAUGGAGGUGUUGGUAGCAGUGAUGAUGACAAUGAUGAUGGUGAUGAGGAUGAGAGUGAUGAAGGGAGUGGAAGCAGCCUGGACAGAGGAUCAUCAGACAGUGAGACUGAGGCAAAGCUUACGGUUGAUCAAAUGAUUGCAAAGGCUAAGAGAUUUAAAGGUCACUCUCAGUCGCCAAACUCAUCCGGUGACAAAUUGAAAAUAGUAAUUUGCUGCGUGUGUCUCGGAGAGAAUAGUGAAGACACAGAUGAGAUUGUAGAAUGUGACAUGUGUGGAGUCCCAGUCCAUGAAGGUUGUUAUGGUGAGAGCCAAAGUGAUGCAGAUUCGACAUCCAGCAAUCAGACUUCUAGCUCCACAGAGCCGUGGUUCUGUGAUCCAUGUAAAGCAGGAAUCCUUAAUCCGACCUGUGAGUUAUGUCCUAAUCUUGGAGGUGCAUUCAAGGAAACAGAUGCUGGGAGGUGGGUACAUGUUGUUUGUGCCUUGUACGUUCCUGGGGUUGCAUUUUCUGAUGUUGCCAAGCUGAGAUGGGUCACACUUUCUGAGAUGGCUCCAGCAAAGUGGGGAGCAAAGUCAUGCAGCUACUGUGAAGAUGAGAGGUUUAGUCAAACAGGAGUAGCUAUCAGCUGUGAUGCAGGAAUGUGUAGAAACUUCUUUCAUGUUACAUGUGGUCAGAGAGAAGGAUUGUUAUCAGAGGCUUCAAUUGAUGAGGCGAUAGCAGACCCAUUCUACGCUUACUGCAAGCUUCAUGUUGAGAAGGGCAUCCGUCGUUACAAGCGUCAGAACUGGCUUGCUAUCCAAUCCAAUCAGAAGCAAGCAAGCUCAGUCAAUCAGCGUUUGGCUGCCCUGCCCGAUCGAGUACAUGCAAAAUUUCUCAGAUUCCAAGACCAGUACAAGGCUAUGAGAAGGUUGAAGCCAGAUCCUUGGAUACCCCCAGAGAAGGUUCCCCGGGCCCUGACCACCAGCGCGUCGGCCUGUAGGCGUCUCAUGCGGAAGGCAGAACUGAUGGGCUUUACUGUUGACAGCAUGAGGGCUGCUCACGUGAGACACAAGAGUAGUCAGCAGGUCAGCAGAAAGUGGCAUAUCCCUCCAGCAUUCUCUGCAGAGUUUGUCAAUUACUGCAUUGAUCGAGAUGAGAGGAUGAAUACCUUUAAGUCUCGUCUCAAUGAUUUGAUGAAGCAGAAUGAGAAGCUUCAAUCUCUUGAAAGUCAGUUACGCACCAAGUAUGAUCGGCUUUCUGUGCAAGUAGCAGAGCUGCGGUCUUCUCAAGCCGAGAGCCGUAGUGAUGUGGAAACCAUGUGGAAAACAUUGGGAACGUUGGCAGGAAAGAAGCUGCAGCAACCUCAAGUCCUGAGCCUACCACGAAUUCGAAAGACACCACCUAAGAGAGAAGAAAAAGAAGAGCUGAAAUCUCCAGGGGUUAUUCAUCUGUGUGGUAUUUGUGAACAGUCCCAUGACCAGCAUCUUCUGGUGCUAUGUGAUAUCUGCAAGAAAUACUACCACAUGGGAUGUUUGGACCCACCCCUGACACGCCUACCAAAGAAGAGUGCUUUCAGUGUCUGGCAAUGUUCAGAGUGUGUAAGCAGUAGCAGUGAUGAAAGCGAGGGAGAAGAAAGUAAGGAAGUGGAAGAGGAGCCAAGACGCAAGAGACGUAUCAUCAAGGAGCCUCUCAAGUUUACCACUCAGUAUACAGACUUUCCGACUACCAAAAGGGUCACCAAACCAAAGGGAAAAGCAAAUAGCAGGACAGCAGCAAAAAGGAAACAACUCAACAUGGAUAACAAUGAUGAUGUACAGCCUGAACCAACUUCAAAGGCAAGGAGAAAGUCAAGAUGAUGAACUGAAGCAUAGGCUGAGAUUAAUGAUGAUCAAGCAUACAGGUAAUAGUGGCAUAAUAAAGAAAGUGUUCAAUAGCAGCACCAGGGUAUUUUGUUAUGGGCAAUGAGAAGCCCCAGAGGUCAAUAUGAAGUAUUUGUUAUCAUUGAAUAUAGGGGUAUUGUAUUCUUACACACAACAGAGCCAGGUGUUUCCCAUUGGACUUGGACUCUGUAACACAAAGAUUAGCAAUCAAUCGAUAAAUGGCAAAAAGAGAGAGAGAGAAAUCCUUGGCUUUGAUUGGCUGAGAAGUCGUCAUUUUACUGAAGUACCGUUUUUCUGUUGCAACUUACAGAAAUCAGGUAUAUUUUUUUGUAAUCCGAGUCCCUGACAUUGCCAACUUGUAGUUUUCAGAUUAAAAGCUUCUUUUUGAUUUUGGUUAAUCCCCCUAAAAGUGUUGGCCACUCUUCAAAUUAUUUACAUUAUAAUUAUGAUGUAGAUGAUGUUAUGUAAAAAUUUGUUUGGAUGUACAUGUAAUUUUAUGUGAAAGUAUCUUUUUGAAAAUGUCCUUACAAAAUAAGGAUGAUGAUUGUCAAUCAAAGAAAAUGGAUGGAAAACAUGGAAAUUGCUGUUGGAGAUGGAAAAAAGAUCACUUCAGGAUGAAAAUCAUUGAAAAUCACUUAAGAAUAACACUAUAGCAUAAACAUUUUUUGAUAAAUAAAAAUGUAAUCCCAAAAAUGUUUACUUUUAAGAUGGAGUGUAGAAGGAAGUAAACUUGCAACCUAAUAGUAUGCUACCCAUCUCUAAUUAGGCUUGAUUCCUGUGGUACCUGUGUGUAUCAUGGCAUGAUGUCUACCACCACCACUGUAGUGCACAUAGGAUAGGAGCAUAUCCUGACCAAAAUAAGUCUGAUUGUUAUUGUUCUGCUGUAUUCAUAGUACCAAUACCGAAGAGGCUGUCUAAUAGGAUGUUUAUAUUCAGUGGUGCAUAAUAUACUCUAGCAAAUGUAGAGAAAUUGUUUUUAGCACCUUUGAUCUCAAGUCAUCAUAGUAAAUGCUCCCUGUUAUAAAUGAGAAUUGCUCUAUGUGUCUCCAUGUGUACAAUGUCUAUAGGAAAAGUUCCAAUAGACAGGCCCUGUGAAUUGGAAUUCAUAAUUUUCUCCAAAAAGGCAAUUUAAAAAAAAAAUAGAUAAUCAUAACUCAUACCUGUACGAGACCAUUUAUAAUACAUGGAAAGUAUAACAAAGUUCAGGAUGUAUUCAAUGUUUGUAGCUUUGUGACAGGAAAUCACUUCACAUCUAGGACAAGUGUUUAGGAGGCCAUUUAAAAAAAAUAGAAUCAUUAGUAAGAUAGGAUGCUUGAAAGUUUUCACAAAAAAUAGAUGGAUAAAAGCGGUUUAUAACAGUCUUAUUAUUGAAUCUACUCCUAAAGCUUAAUACAGGCUUUGAAUCUUUGGCUCUAACAGAUACCAAAGAGACAUACAUGUAUGGCUUGCUGAAUAGAUUCUUUCACCUUAGGCCAAAUUUUAUACCAUUGCAGUGUUGCACAAAUUAGACUAUUUGCCAUUAAUUUUUUGAAAAUAUGAUAGAAGUUAGAAUAUUCACUAUGGAAAAAUGAAGUUUUCUUUAAAAAUGAUCAAGAUUUUGAAAUGGGGAAACAGAUCUACACAUUUUGAAUUUACUUGUAGUGCAGAACUUUCAGUACCGGUACACAUACAUGACUUUACAGCGACUUAUACUUCGCAAGCUAACAGUGGUUUCACAAAAGAAACAUAAGUAAAUUUAUCACUGGUGCAGUUAUCAAACACAGAGCUAAAUGUACAGUGCUUGUGUACAGGUAUGUGGCCUUGCAAUGGUGUAUUUUGGAGGAUAGCGUCAGAGUGCAAUGGUAUGAUAUUGCAAAUUUCAAAAUCCAUAGGUUUGUAUACUACAAGCUCUGAAGGCAUUGAACAAUAACAGAUAUUCAUCAUUAGGCUUGAAUUGUACAUAUCAAAAUAUAAUUUUCCAUUUCGAUACCGAUGUUUGUGGAACUGGCGAUUGUCGUUAUCCUGUGUGUAGUAUAGUGGAUAAUGAAAGCUGCUUGGUCAUAACAAAUUUGUUGGUGUAACUUAAUUUGGGAUGUGUUUUUAGAAAUAUGUUUAUUGACUGCAUUUCAGUGGUAAGUUCAAAAUGAUAAAUAUGAUGCCCUUGCAUGAUAGCUUUUUGGAACAUCAACUUUUUUCAGUACAAAUGUUUGAUUGCAUAUCUCAUUCCAUAACAACUUUCAUAGAGAAUCAAGUUAUUUUUCAACAUUUACAUUUUGUUUGAGAAUGAUAUAUUUAUUCUCCUGACAAUGAAAUCUUAAAUUGAUUUCUCAAUUUCUUAAAAUAAAUGAAAACAUAUAAAUGCAGUAUUGUUUUAGGGAUUCAUUCCCAUGAAUUUUAUUUUUAUUUUUUGGAAAUGGCUGUCAGUUUCUAUACAGGAACUUGUUAUCUUGAGGAUUUGUGUAUGCUAGGUCUCAAACAUCUUGGUUUAUUUCUAGAUUGGCUGUCUUUGUUUUGGAUAAACCUUUUGAUCCAUGUGUCAUUUUGUCUAACUAUCCUGCAAGGUCUGAUGACAACCUGGAUUUAAUUAUCAUGUAGUCUAAUGUAGUCUAAAGUAAGAAAAAAUGGGCUAAAAUCAAGUGAAAAUUAGACCAAAAUGGUAACAAGUUGGACCAUGUUGAGUUUGAGCAUAUUUUUAUGGAGGCAAAAAGGUUACAGACCUUGUGAAAGUGUCUAAAGAACAAAGACAUGUAUGUUGUUUAAAAAUUUGUGGUGCCUGUAAUCUUAUUGGAUGGUCAAAAGGUCAAGGGUCAUUUUUACAUAUAAAGGAAAAGAAUCAUUCCUUUUAUAAACACUGAAGAAAGGUAAAAUUAUGAGGUCACAAAAAAUUUGCCUUUUUCUUGAUCAAAAAGAUGGCAUCACAUUUCGCUUGAUAUACUAAUAACAAUUUCCCAAUGUCUGCUCGUGAGUGUGCUUCAAGUCGGCUAGAAAAUCCAUGUAAAAUGUCAGGUUUUCCAUUUUAU